GAUGCUCUCCCCGCCCCCACUCCCUGUCUUUCUAGGGAAACUGAGUUGCUCAAACCCAGCUCAUGCAAUUAAUUGACUGAGCAGUGCUUGUUCGAAGUUUUCUGGGACUGUGAAAUGUUUAAGGGAACCUUGGAAGAAAGGGGUCCAGAGGUAGGCAGCCCAAAGUUUCCCAGCCCCUCCCACCCCCUAAUUCUUGGAAUCAGAAAAUCUAGUCUUCCAAAGUAGGUCAGCACGGCGGCCGUGAGCAGCUCUUCUGGAAGGGAAGGGAGCCGAGGCCUUGUCUUGAUGGAGGGCGGAUUCAUCCAGGGCUGUCGGCGGCUGGGGCCCCAGGGGCACAGGAGGGGAGGGGAGGUGGGGAGACCGGAGCAGCACUUUGCUUGGGAUCCAAAAGGGCUCCAGGCCACAGUGCAACACUAGCCCCGAGAUCAGACUGUGCAGGGCCCUCUGGCUUCUAGGAAGGGGGAGGUUGUUAGUCCCGCCCACCCCAACCCCCCCCAAUCUGGAGAGUGACCUCCCUCCUGGAGGAGGAAGAAAAGGAGGGAAGACAAGGGCCUGAGUUUGGUGGGGGAGGGGCUUUCUGCUGAUCUGGAGCCUUGAAGCUGCCCCUUGUCCUGGGCCCCAUGACCUCUGAGGCCUUGUCUUCCCCAGCUGGCAAAGGAUUGGGCCUUCCCUGGGGCCCCCCUCUUUCUCCCCCUACCCAGCAGGCCCAUCCAUCUCCCUCUCUCUCUUGCACACACUCUUGUGUCUCUCAGGCAUUUGUUGUGCAGUUCCUCUUUGUCUGCUGGGCACGAGGGCAGCAGCAUCUGCCUCCCUCCCUGUGCACCCCCCACCCCAAGCCCUUCACCGUCUUGAGAAAGGGAUGCUGUAGCCUAGCGACCCCCCAACCCCCCCACCAGAGGCACAGACACAUUCUCUCCAGCCCCCUCCCCAGGCACAUUCAAGCGUGUGCUGCUUGCGCGCUCUCUCUCUCUCUCUCCCCCCCACCUCUCGCACCCUCUCUCUCUCUCUCUCACACACUCACACACACACACACACACACACACGCACACACACACUCAUAUACACACACACACACACACACACACCCUGGGCUGAGUUCUUCUCGCUGGCUGCAGCCGUGGGCCUCUGCUCACCGAGCCGCUGCCGCUGCCUGCGAAAUGACGGCGGUUCCCCUCACUUCCAGGAAUCCACGCUUCCUGGAAGGUGAGUGGCUGGGCUCACCCCUGCCUGCCACCGAGACGCAGACAUGCACACACCACCCGCACUCGCUCGCCGUUUCCAAGGCGGCGGCCGCGCUCGCACCCCAGGGUCUCACCGGCAAGGGAAGGAUAAUCUGGAGAGGGAUCCCUCAGGAGGGUGUGUUCCGGAUUUCUUGCCUCAGGCCCAAGACUCCAACCAUUUUAUAAUGGAAUCUUUAUUUUGUGAAAGUAGCGGGGACUCAUCUCUGGAGAAGGAAUUCCUUGGGGCCCCAGUGGGGCCCUCAGUGAGCACCCCCAACAGCCAGCACUCUUCUCCCAGCCGCUCACUCAGUGCCAACUCCAUCAAGGUGGAGAUGUACAGUGAUGAGGAGUCGAGCAGACUGCUGGGGCCGGACGAGCGUCUCCUGGAGAAGGAUGACAGUGUGAUCGUGGAAGACUCCUUGUCGGAGCCACUGGGCUAUUGUGAUGGAAGCGGGCCUGAGCCUCACUCCCCUGGGGGCAUCCGCCUGCCCAAUGGCAAGCUCAAGUGUGACGUCUGCGGCAUGGUCUGCAUUGGACCCAACGUGCUCAUGGUGCACAAGCGCAGCCACACGGGGGAAAGGCCCUUCCACUGCAACCAGUGUGGUGCCUCCUUCACCCAGAAGGGCAACCUGCUGCGUCACAUCAAGCUGCACUCCGGGGAGAAGCCCUUCAAGUGCCCCUUCUGCAACUAUGCCUGCCGCCGGCGCGACGCGCUCACUGGCCACCUCCGCACACACUCGGUCUCCUCCCCUACGGUGGGCAAGCCCUACAAGUGCAACUACUGCGGCCGGAGCUACAAACAGCAGAGCACCCUGGAGGAGCACAAGGAGCGGUGCCAUAACUACCUGCAGAGUCUCAGCACUGAAGCCCAAGCUCUGGUUGGCCAAUCAGGUGAUGAGAUACGGGACCUGGAGAUGGUGCCAGACUCCAUGCUGCACUCAUCCUCUGAGAGGCCAACUUUCAUUGACCGUUUGGCCAACAGCCUCACCAAACGCAAGCGUUCCACCCCCCAGAAGUUUGUAGGUGAGAAGCAGAUGCGCUUCAGCCUCUCAGACCUCCCCUACGAUGUGAACUCGGGCGGCUACGAGAAGGACGUGGAGCUGGUGGCACACCACAGCCUGGAGCCUGGCUUCGGAGGUUCUCUGGCCUUCGUGGGGGCCGAACAUCUGCGUCCCCUCCGCCUCCCGCCCACCAAUUGCAUCUCAGAACUCACACCCGUCAUCAGCUCUGUCUACACUCAAAUGCAGCCCCUCCCUGGCCGACUGGAGCUUCCGGGGUCCCGGGAAGCAGGUGAGGGGCCCGAGGAUCUAGCUGAUGGAGGUCCCCUCCUCUACCGGGCCCGAGGCCCCCUGACUGACCCUGGGGCCUCCCCCAGCAAUGGCUGCCAGGACUCCACAGAUACAGAGAGCAACCAUGAAGAUCGAGUUGGGGGGGUGGUGUCACUCCCUCAGGGCCCCCCACCCCAGCCUCCUCCUGCCAUCGUGGUGGGCCGGCCCAGUCCUGCCUACGCCAAAGAGGACCCCAAGCCACAGGAGGGGCUACUGCGGGGCACCCCAGGCCCAUCCAAGGAAGUGCUCCGGGUAGUGGGCGAGAGCGGCGAGCCAGUGAAGGCCUUCAAGUGCGAGCACUGCCGCGUCCUCUUCCUGGACCACGUCAUGUUCACCAUCCACAUGGGCUGCCACGGCUUCCGAGACCCUUUCGAGUGCAACAUCUGUGGCCACCACAGCCAGGACCGGUACGAGUUCUCUUCCCACAUUGUCCGGGGGGAGCACAAGGUGGGCCAGUGACCUCCUGCCCCACCUCCGUCCACCACUCCACUGCCCUGCCUGCGGAGGCUAGCCCUAUCCUCACCAUGUCUCUAGGAGUUGGGUUGUAUAGCCCCCACCACUGGCUACCUGACUUCACCCUUGACCCUGACCCGUCCUCACCCAUGCUCCUCCUCCCCACUGACUGAUCUAAGCGUUGUGAUGAAACAGGUCUUUUGCUCAUCUUUCUCCUUUUUCUCUUCUCCUUUCAUCCCACCAUACUCACUGAGUUAUUUAUUAAUACAAUUUGUUGAGUUUUUUCUUGCUUCUUUUUUUUUUUAACUUAUAUCACUUACCACACUCCCACCUUCCUGCCCAGUCCCCUUCCACUUUAGGCCUAAUUUGUCUCUUUGCGCUUUCUCCAACAGCCCCAGGAGUAGGAAGCUCCUCUUAGUGCUAAGAGGCCUUGGGCUUCCUGAUUUAGGUCCUCAUCUUUUGCCGUAUCUGAUUCUUCCGUUUUUGAUGCUGAUCGCUCUCUCUAUUCCUACCUUAGCUCUGUGGCAUUACCUCUGCUCUCUGGGACCCUUCAACCUGGUACUCCAUACCUCUUGUGCCCUCUCACCUUAGGCAGCUUGCACAACUCCUGAUCAAAUGAAGAAAUCCCUCAUUUGGAAGUAGGAGAGGCUGAAGGAAUUCUCCCCAGGCACCCUGGGACUGAGGGUCCUCUUGACAUCCCACUAGGAAUUAGAGUUCCCCAAAGCCCACAUUCGGGAUCUGCCUCUCCAGUGUGAUCUUUCUCUCUCCUCUCCUCGAACAACCCCCAACACUGCUGUACUCUCUUCAAACUGCCUGUCUACUCAGUGGUGGUUUUUCUCUCCUUGGAAUGCCCCAACUUUAUAUUCUCAGGGGCCAAGGCUAGGUCAGCAAUCCUCUGUCUCUGACACGUGUGGAGCCACAGGUGCCUAACUGGGAACCAGGGAAGGGAAUGGGUCAAAAUUCCUCUCUUUCUCUCCCACCUCUCAAACUUCCUCACUCUAGUGACCUACUUGGGCUCUCAGGGGCUCCUAGGUCCCUGUCCUAUGAGAAACUGGUGGGUUGCUGCCUGAUAACAGGGGGUAUCCUCAGCCCCCAAGUCAUGCUGCCUUCUCCCCCCUAGCAGGAUUCACCCUCUCAUCCCCGGUCUCCUGGGCCCUGUUCUUAGGAUCAGUGGCAGGGAGAAAAGGAUGUCUCUUUUCUCUCUCCUAACUCUCAGUAUAACCAAAAAUUAUCCCCAGGAUGAGCAAGGGCAUACACCCCUCUCCCCAUUCCACUCUUGUGCCAGCAAGAAUGGGAUGGACACAACUGAACUGGGAGAGUCAUCCUUUGCUACCCCCUCGACACUCAGCUCCCAGAUGUAGGGCAGGAGGGGGCACUCUCCUGGCUGCUGCAGAGACUCCUGGCUAUUUGGGUAACCUAGAUAGUGAGACGGGGGCAGGAGGAGAUUGCUCCACCACCAAGUGGAGGUCUCUUUCGACAAGAGUUCCCUGCCCAAGGCCACAGCCAUCCCAUUCUCUGCUUCCUUGAGAUUCAAACCAAAGCCUGUUUUUCUAUAUUUAAAGAUUAAAAAGUAAAAACCAAACAGAACACCUCACAAGUUGUAACACUUGGUCCUUCUCUCUCUCUCUCUCCCCUUUUCUCUUCCCUUCCAUUUUUCUUUCCACAUGUCCUUUCCUUAUUGGCUCUUUUGCCUCCUACUUUUCUCACUCCCUAUCAGGGAUAAUUCAGGGGGAUGGUAAAGGGUUGGCUAAGGGACAGACCCUGGGAUUGGGGCUCUUAAGGGCUCUAAGAGAGUCUACCUUAUCCUAUUAUGGGAAGGGAGACCCUAAAAACUUCUUUCUCCUCUUCUCCCCCACUAUGUGGUCUCCCCAAGAGAACCAGAUUGUCAGGGAGGGACACUGUGCAUUGAUUGUUUCUCCUUGACAAUGUAGCAAUAAACAGAUGCUGCCAAGGGCAGGGGAUCAGGGAGCCACUUGGGAGGAGAGUGGUCUCUGGAGAAGGGGAAAGUCUUCUUGAGAGCACCCCCAGGGAACUGGCUCCUUGUUUCAGAAUGGCAGCAGAGUUGAGAUUCAUAUCUGGGGUUCCCCUCAACUCUCCUGGUUAUCGAGCCCCUUGCUAUUAGACCUGCCUUCACCACCUCUUCUGCGUCUGCUGUGUAUUUGGUGACACCUCAUAAGGACUAGUCCCUUCUGGGGUAUCAGAGCCUUGGGGUGCCUCAUCCCCUCCCCGUCAGUUUUGGCACCUGUAACCUCCUGGAACAUGAAGGACUAUGCUCUGAGGCCAUACUCUGAGCCCAUGAGAGCAGAGACUGGAAGGGCAAGACCAGGUGCUAAGGAGGGGAGAGAAGGGCACUCUGUCUCUCUCCAGACCAUCACUGCACUUUAACCAGGGUCUUAGGUACAAAAUCCUACUUUCCAGAGCCUUCCAGCUCUGGAACCUCAAACAUCCUCAUGCUCUCUCCUAGCUCCUUUUGCAUAAAAAAAAAAAAAAAGUAAGAAAAAGAAAAAACACACAUUGAAACCCACAUGGAGAAAAGAGGUGUUUUCCUUUUAUAUUGAUAUUUAAAAUCAACACCACACAAAAAAAUUUCUAAAUAGACACUUUUCCAGACCUUUGUUUUUUCGUGUCAGUGUCCAAGCUGCAGAUGAGAUUUUGUAAUACUUCUGGCAGCUUCUUUCCUUGUGUACAUAAUAUAUAUAUAUAAUAUAUAUUUUUAAUCAGAAGUUAUGAGAACAAAAAGAAAAAAUAAAACACAGAAGUAAGUGCAAUACCACCUCUCUUCUCUCUCUCCCAGGGUUUCAUUUGUAGCCUAUGCUUGGUGUCUCCUUGGAUCUUACCCCUUCACCUCUUCCUCUUCCUCUGGGGCCCCCCUUCCUUUUUUUUUUUUAAAGAGUUUUUCUCCUUUCUCAAGAGGAGUUAAACUAGCUUUUGAGACUUAUUGCAAAGCAUUUUGUAUAUGUAAUAUAUUGUAAGUAAAUAUUUGUGUAACGGAGAUAUACUACUGUAAGUUUUGUACUGUACUGGCUGAAGGUCUGUUAUAAAUAAACAUGAGUAAUUUAACACC